UUACAUAUAAAAAUAUCACCACUUAAACUGUUACUAUAACCUUCAUGUGACUAAUCAUCUUGAGAAUUCCCUUCAACACCUAACUCAUCCUUAUUCUCUCAGACUCGUGACCACGGUACAGUGACCUGAAGAUCAGCCAUGCAGUCGUUCCUGGUGUGCCUGUUGGUGGCGGUGGCGGUGGCGGCAGCAGCCCCGCAGCGGGAGGGAGCCGCCUUCACCAAGGAGGCCAUUAAGCAGGCCCAGAACACUUUCCUUAUCCCCAAGGACGCUGAAAUUCAGAAAGUCCAAGAAGGUAUCGAACUGGCAGCCUACGAGUCCAUCCCUGGAAAUCAGAGAAUCAAUCUCUUCGAGAUCUUGGGCGACCAGCUUCCUUCUGAAGUGAUCAACAACCUGCAGGGCCAGAUUGACCAGGUCGGAAGACAGUAAUUCACCAGGAAGAUAGCCACCAGUAACGGAAUCAGAUCCUACUAUGUAGGGCAGUUGUUCAUUUGCCGCCGAAAUUUGAUUCGUAUCGGUCAAUUCAAAAUUAAGAAGAGUGAAGUAAUUUUUAAAAUAGGAGAUGGCCAGUAAUUGAACAUAAAAAAUAAAUUUGAAAGAGAAUAAACUUUCGAAGGGAUUUAUCAAUAUCUAAAUUUGAAAUAAGAAUAUAAAGUUUAACAAAAAAAUAAUUUUGAAAAAAGAAUGUUCUAGCUUUGAACAAAAUUAAAAAUAUUACGGAUAUGGCGUAUGUAUGUAGAUGUGUCAUCAAAGAGAAGGCCCGUUACUGGUGCAACGGCGGAGACGCGGUCGUCUGUUAGUAUUAAUUUAUUGGUUGUGCAAUGUGCAGUACAAGGCAGUGAAUGUGAUAUUGUGUAACAUCUCUUACUUUUAUAUGUUUGUAC